GUGAGGAGAGGAGGGUGGUGGGAAGCCAGGAGGAAAACAUUAGCCCUCGUUACUUCACGCAGUUGGGAGAUUUUCUUUUACUAUUCCCGGGACCGCUACCGACGCGCUGCUCAGCCGGGACGCACCGCAAGAAGUCAGGACGCACGAGCGGUAUGAUGGAUACAUAGCAGAGGGAGGAAAAGGAAGUCAAGAUGUCGUUCUUUGGCCUGGACUGUGUCAGGAAAAAAGAGAGAGAGCUGGAGAGGAGACUCCGUGCUAACGACCGAGAGUACAACCUUUCUUUUAAAUAUGCUACGAACGCCAUCAAGACCUCCAAGUACAACUUCUUCACCUUUCUACCCCUCAACCUGUUUGAGCAGUUCCAGAGGAUUGCUAACGCCUACUUCCUGUUUCUGCUGGUGCUCCAGGCAAUUCCUCAGAUCUCAUCUCUGUCCUGGUUCACCACCGUCGUGCCUCUUCUCCUAGUGCUGACAGUCACUGCUGCAAAAGAUGCCACUGACGACAUUAAUCGCCACAGGAGUGACAAUCAAGUCAACAACCGAAAAGUCCAAGUCCUCAUUGAUAGAAAGCUACGGAGCGAGAAAUGGAUGGAAGUCCAAGUGGGAGACAUCAUCAAGUUGGAAAACAACCAGUUUGUCACAGCUGACCUCCUCUUGCUCUCCAGCAGUGAACCACUGAACCUGGUGUACAUCGAGACAGCAGAGCUGGAUGGAGAGACUAACCUGAAGGUGAGACAGGCCCUGCCGGUGACGGGAGACUUGGGAGAUGAUAUCGAAAAACUGGCAGACUUCAACGGCGAGGUACGCUGCGAACCCCCCAACAACCGCCUCGACCGCUUCACAGGAACGCUAACCUUCGCCGGUCAGAAAUAUUCGCUGGACAAUGAGAAGAUCCUGCUGCGAGGCUGCACCCUGAGGAACACUGAGUGGUGCUUUGGACUAGUACUGUUUGGAGGUCCAGAGACAAAGCUGAUGCAGAACUGUGGGAAGACCACAUUCAAGAGGACCAGUGUAGACCGCCUGAUGAAUGUCCUAGUCCUCUGUAUUUUUGGUUUCCUGGCCUUCAUGUGCACCAUCCUGGCCAUAGGAAACUGCUUCUGGGAGCUGAACGAGGGCUCAGAGUUCACAGUCUUCCUGCCGAGGCAAGACGACAACGAUGCUGGCUUCUCUGCCUUUCUCACUUUCUGGUCCUACGUCAUUAUCCUCAACACCGUGGUGCCCAUCUCUCUCUAUGUUAGCGUGGAGAUCAUUCGGUUGGGGAACAGCUUCUACAUCGACUGGGACAGGAAGAUGUACCACGCUCGCAGCGACACUCCUGCCGAGGCUCGUACCACCACGCUGAAUGAAGAGCUUGGCCAAAUCAAGUACAUCUUCAGUGACAAAACGGGGACACUCACCCAGAAUAUCAUGACCUUCAACAAGUGCUCCAUCAACGGCAAAUUGUACGGGGAUGUGUACGACUACACAGGCCAAAGAGUAGAAAUUACUGAGAAUACAGAGACGGUAGAUUUCUCCUUCAACCCGCUGGCCGACCAUCGCUUCGCAUUCCACGACCACGCCCUGGUGGAGGCGGUGAAGCUGGAGAACCCCGAGGUCCACGCCUUCUUCAGACUGCUGGCCCUCUGCCACACCGUCAUGGCCGAGGAGAAGAAAGAAGGUGAACUUUUCUACCAGGCCCAGUCUCCAGAUGAGGGAGCAUUGGUAACAGCAGCCAGAAACUUUGGAUUUGUCUUCCGCUCGCGUACGCCGGACAGCGUUUCCAUCAUGGAAAUGGGACAGCCACACAGCUACGAACUGUUGGCCAUCCUGGAUUUCAACAAUGUCCGCAAGAGGAUGUCCGUCAUAGUUCGGAGUCCAGAGGGAAAGCUAUGUCUCUACUGUAAAGGAGCAGACACCAUCAUCUAUGAGAGGCUGCAUCAGUCCUGCAGCAAGCUGAUGGACGUCACCACUGAGCACCUUAACGAGUUUGCAGGAGAGGGCCUGCGGACACUGGUCCUAGCCUAUAAGGAUCUGGAUGAGGAGUAUUUCAGUCAGUGGAAACAGAGGCACCAUGAGGCCAGCACUGCACUGGAUGACCGGGAGGACAAACUAGAACAACUGUACGAGGAGAUUGAGAAAGAUCUACUGUUGCUAGGGGCAACAGCCAUAGAAGACAAGUUACAGGACGGAGUACCUCAGACUAUUGAGCAGCUGUCCAAAGCCGACAUCAAAAUCUGGGUUUUAACAGGUGACAAGCAAGAAACUGCAGAAAACAUCGGUUACUCAUGUAACUUACUGCGGGAGGAGAUGAAUGAGGUCUUCGUCAUCUCGGGCAACUCACCUGAAGACGUCAGACAGGAACUGAGAAAUGCACGAACCUCCAUGAAACCAGAUGCACUAGAGGAUCUAGCGUUUCUGCAAGAGAGGACUCGGGGUAAAGGUGUGAAAGUGGUCAGAGACGAGGUGGUAAAUGGAGAGUACGGCCUGGUUAUCAACGGACACAGCCUGGCAUACGCCCUGGAGUGCAGCAUGGAGCUGGAGUUCCUGAGGACGGCGUGUAUGUGCAAGGCGGUGAUCUGCUGCAGAGUCACCCCCCUGCAGAAGGCUCAGGUGGUGGAGUUGGUCAAGAAGUACAAGCAGGCAGUCACACUGGCCAUAGGAGAUGGAGCCAAUGACGUCAGCAUGAUUAAAGUGGCCCACAUAGGUGUGGGCAUCUCAGGUCAGGAGGGCAUGCAAGCAGUGCUGUCCAGCGACUACUCCUUCGCCCAGUUCCGCUUUCUGGAGCGCCUCCUGCUGGUGCACGGCCGCUGGUCCUACCUUCGCAUGUGCAAGUUCCUGCGCUACUUCUUCUACAAGAACUUCACCUUUACCUUUGUCCACUUCUGGUACGCCUUCUUCUGCGGCUUCUCCGCCCAGACGGUGUAUGACGAGUGGUUCAUAACACUCUACAAUCUGGUGUAUACAGCAUUACCUGUGCUGGGAAUGAGUCUGUUUGAUCAGGAUGUGAACGACAAGUGGAGUUUCCAGCACCCUCAGCUCUACAUCCCGGGUCAACUCAACCAGUACUUCAGUAAGAGGGCCUUCUUCAAGUGUGCCCUCCACAGCGGUUACAGCUCCUUGGUGCUCUUCUUCAUCCCCUACGCUGCCAUGUAUGACACAGUGAGGGACGACGGGAAGGAUGCCGCCGACUACCAGUCCUUCGCCCUCCUCACCCAGACCUGCCUGCUUUUCGCAGUCAGCAUGCAGUUGGGGUUGGAGAUGUCCUACUGGACGGCGGUUAACACGUUCUUCGUUUUGGGGAGCCUGGUCAUGUACUUUGCUGUCACCUUCACCAUGUACAGUAACGGCAUGUUUCUCAUGUUUCCGUCAGCUUUCCCUUUCAUAGGCACAGCGCGGAACUCUCUGAACCAGCCGAAUGUUUGGCUCACGAUCUUCCUCUCGUCCUUCCUGUGUGUCCUUCCUGUGGUCACCUAUCGCUUCCUGUUGAUUCAGCUCUAUCCCACCAUCAACGACAAGGUGAUGUUUAAGGUGAGACAGGCCAAAGCAAAAAUUCCGCCUCCAUCCCGGCCCCUCCGCAUCCGCCGCACCAGCACCCGAAGAUCAGGUUACGCGUUUUCGCACGCGCAGGGCUACGGGGACCUGGUAACAUCAGGCCGAUUCCUGCGGCGUCCCGCUGUGUCACGUUCUUCAGGUUUCACGGGUCGCACCACCACAGGCUUCAGUCCUAUGGGACGAUCAGCUGGAUACAGCCCGACGGGACGCCCCCAGAAUGUCAAGGUGCAGGAUGUGGUGGUGACCUCGCUGCAGAUGUACAGAACUAUCAAAGAUCCUGCCCUCUGACAAACAGCAGGUUAAUUUAGGACAGCGUCAGGAGGACUAGUGGAGAAGAUCUGGGAGCAGGAAUGACAUACCAACUGGAGAGCUAAGAGUCACUGGACUCAAAGGUGUUUAAAGCUCCCAUUUGUAUGUCUUUGCUCAGACUUUCCAGAGAAUUUCCUGUCAAAGAUUUUUCAUGGUCAGUUUCUUACACAUACAUGACUUUUCCUCCAAGCAUUCUUUACCAAAGGGAACUACCACAUAAUGUGUAGCCCCUUCUGGUGUGUGUAUGGAUUACUCUCCAUAAUCAUGAAUGUUAAUGUAAAACAUGUAAAACAUGACAGAUGGGCAAAGAAAAUGAAAUCUUCCUAACCCCAGAAACAGUGACAGGGUCAGUCGUUUUCAGAUAUAAAGGGAAACACGUUCGUGUCAAGAGGAGGACAGAGUGUCAUCAUGUUUACAGACGGCCCAGACUUUCUUCACGCUGGGGGUCAAGAUGCACAGCAGGAACAUGUACAGAGGAUAUAACCAGCAAAGCCAUGUUCCAGAAAAAAUAUUUUAGUUUUGUACCUUUAGUGUCUUUUUAAAACAUUGUAUUUUCCUAUCUUGAAAGCUGUAUAAGCAGUUAGCACUUUGGCAGUGUCAUGUAGCCGUGAGAAAUAAUCAAGUAUGAAAGAAUUAUAAAUGUGUCGUCAGUAAACUGCUCUCACAAAAUAUUCUUCUUCUCAAUGGCACUUAAAAGACGGGGUUAUUCAAAUUACAAUCUUCAGUACCACUGUUUAAUUAGACAUGUUUAACACUUCAAGGGUUUAUAAAUUGUAGUAAUGGUAAUAGGUUUUUUAUAUGUAUUACAGAAAUAAAAUUAUGAGGGGGGGGGGCAUUUUGGACUGCCAGGUUGUGAAAGCUCCCUUUUGUGGAUGUAUAUCCUCUUCUAGCAAAACUUUGCUCUGUCUUUUUUGAUAGCUCUUCAUUGCGUAUUGACAAGUUAUUAUAAUCUAUAUAAACCUAUAAUCCUUUAUUCAUUACAGCAGACUUGAUGGCUUCUUAGAAAGUGAGUUUUUGUUUUUCACACCAGGCUUACAGAUAUAAUUAACAGUAAUUAAUAAAAGAUGUCGUGCAUUACAUUAAUCCAUCACGUAGGCAAUUAAAUAACCUGUUCUUAACUGCACUGCUACUAAUAAUAUUAAAACUAUUUAUUAUAAGAACUGCAAGUGACCAGCAUGUCUAAAGGGUUAGUUUUCCUGUAUGAUAAAUUAAAGUUCUAGGAGCAAGUUAUGCUGGAGGAGGAUAUACAUUAUCUAUCUAUACUCAUUGAAUGGAUCCUAAUUGGGUGCACUGGGUGGAAGGUGGGGUGCACCCUGGACAGGUUGUCAGUCUAUCACAGGGCUGACACUUAUCUUAUACACAGAUGACUGUUCAUACAUAUAGGCAAUGUAGUCGCCAGUUAACCCGACCUGCAUGUCUUUGGACUUUGGAAAGAAACCAGACAAAGGAAUUUCUCACAACCUGGCAAAUCCAAAAGUUUAUCUUUCUAUUGGCUUAUUUCUGAUCUGUCUAUUAAUUGACAUUGAUUGAGUCAUAAGUAAUGAAUAAUAAACAUUUUAUAAAGUAUGCCUUUUCACAGAGUAGUACCAAAUCUUCUACAGUGCAGCUUUAUAGAAUCAAGAAACGUUUAAAAUGUGUUAAGGUCUAGGGUUUACAUUUUCUAAUUAUCACAACUGAGAGUCUAAAGGCCCCGUUCAAGCCUCCUGUAUUAAACUGUACGUGCAUGUAUUCAGAUCAUGUCCAGAUCCAGUUCAGAUUUAUUGUAUUUCAAUACGGGAACCAGACAAAGACUGUCAAACUGUCCUAAGGGACCACUUCAGACCAGAUUUAGCAUCCCCGCUGAUGUUUGAUUUUGUCUGUGAUUACUGGGAAACCAACAAAAGAGAAAAAGCGAGGUGAACUGUGCUAGCUUGGUAGUGACUAAUCUUGAAUCCAAGUUGUUGGGCACAGGAUAAUCAACCAUAUCUACCCGUGUCUGGGAGAUUCAUCGUACUGUACACACGCUACAAAACUGACUGGAAGAUCCUUUACUGCUGUGUGUCACAUUGUCCCUGAACAGCUUUUAUCGUGGCUUGAGCGAUCUGAUCGCCGUUCAUCCUCUUUAGUUCUGUUUUUGGUGCAUUUGCACUUGCUUUCAGAGCUGACCACUUGUGAUUAAAUCACACAGGACACAUUUUAGUGCCUCCUAUGAACAGGGCCUAAAAACACUGCUUAGACAAUUUUUAUGGACUCUUAAUUGCCUUGAUUAAAUCAUAAUGAUUCAUACCUUAUUUUAUAUCAGUUAAUCAGAUAUUACAUCACACCAAGCUUAGUAAAAAUUUCAUGUAUUUGCUCUCUCAACAGGCUUGUUAGUGUAUAUCUGACAGCUUGAUGGUAAGCAGUAUUUCUAAUCAAGAAUGUAAAAUGCUUUAUAUGUUAGCUGUUACCUGACUUGCCUUUGACAUCUUUCUGUGUGACUGUUGUAUCAGCUUUCUGAAAAUAUGAUUUUUAAAAACACAGAAGUCGCCUUAAUGUUAAAAGAGAAGGAAAUCUGUACAAUUUCUAACCUAGUUAAGGACUAGCAUUGUUUUUUUAGGUUAUGAAACAUACACAACGUGUUCUUUUAUACAUUAUAAAAUUUCAUGUCAGUUGAUCCUGUAUGGUUUCUGCAGGUCUGGGAUCAGUCUUUAAUUUAUUAUUUGGUGUGUGAAAGUUUUAAGGUUUUAUUCAAUUGUCAGUUUUUCAUCGACAGCUGACUUUAAACCAGUAAGAAGGGUGACGGAUGGUUUGACUUCAUUAUGUUUAGAUCUGAACAUCUGUUACAACAACGUUAUUCAGACAGUUGUUACCCAGAAUUGAAUGUACCGAGUGUCGAUGUUGAACCAAAGAUUUUUGAUGAUUUAGUGUGUCGUAGUUUACUCUGUAGUAAAACUGUUGAAACAGAAUCUGAUGCUGGAUAUUUUGUGGUGAAGCUGCUUUACACCACUGACAACACAAAGACACAUUUACUGUUUACUGUGAUGUGUUCUGUAUAGAAAUAAAAUGCUCAAAUAUGUCAGAAGAAACAUUCACUACAUGCUCAACUGUAAGUGGCCCCGUUACAGUUUAUUUUCUAAAUCUGUAUCAUCCAUGGCUGUAUUUAAAGUUUAAUAUUCCUUUUCCAGAACAAAAUGCAGCCAUAACGAUAACUUUUGAUAUGUAUCAAUAUAUUGUUCUCAUUAUAUCUCCAGCCCUGAAGACAUAAGGGAUUUAGCAAACUUCUUGAUGACCAAUUGUUAAACAUGACAAAAAAAAAUCUAGGGAUUUUUAGCACUGCUCACUCUGAUAACCAUUUUGUAUAAUUUUCUACUUUACAAAGUUUUUACUGCAAUAAAAAGAUAUAAACGAUGAA